AUGAUAGCAAGCUACUUUCAGGACAUGCACAUGUGCUUCAGGCUGCAAAACUUCACCACCAAGUGGCAGCAGCAGGAAGUAGGCAUUGCCAUGGGGUGUUCCAUCUCCCCCAUCCUCUUUGUGGCUGCUUUUGAGGUCAUUCUAACAGGAGCAAGGCAGGUGGUGGGGGGGGUCCGACUGCUGCAGGGCCGACGACUUCCCCCAUUGCGGAGUUACAUGGAUGACGUCACAUGCCUGCUACAAACAGCUCCACGCAUGUCGAGACUGCUCAGGAGAUUGGAUGAACUAAUCGGCUGGGCCAGGAUGAAGUUCAAACCGGGCAAGUCUAGGAGCCUCUUGAUGUGCAAGGGAGAGUAUAAUGACAGGGCCUUGUUCACCAUAGGAGGAUAA